GCCGGCUGCCGGCGGGGGCCCCGGGAUUCUCCCGCCAUGCUCAGACCGCGGGAUCUCCGCCGCAGCUCGGGCACCCGGACCUUCCUGGAGGCCAUGCACGGGGGGAAGGUGCACCUGGCCCGGUUCGUGCUGGACGCGCUGGACCGGCGGAUAGUGAACUGUCCGGCCGGGGAGCAGGGCCGCACUCCGCUCAUGUUCGCCGUGUGCCUGCGGGAGGCCGAGCCCCGGGCCAGCUUCGUCCGCCUGCUGCUGGAUAAAGGGGCGGCGGUGAACGGGCAGGACGGGGCGGGCCGCACGGCGCUCAGCCUGGCCUGCGAGCUCGGACACCUGGACGCCGUGAAGCUGCUGGUCCAGCGGAGCGCGGACCCGGAGAUCGCGGACCGGGCCGGUAACACGGCCCUCAUGUACGCCGCCUCGUGCGGCCGCAGCGCCGAGCUCGCCUUCCUGCUCCGCUCCUACAAACGGUUCGGCCUCCGCCUGGACACCACCAACCGGGCCGGGCUGUCCGCCCUGGGGGCCGCACGGGGGGCCGGGCACCGGGAGUGCGAGCGGGUCCUGAGCGGCGGACGGUCCCCACAGAGAGAGGGGCCCCCGGGGGCCACCGUGCGCAGCCCAAAGCCGCUCUCCCGGCAGGUGCUGGAGCGGUUCUCCCGGCCGUUCUCCCAGCGCAGGACCGAGGAGGGGGAGGUGGGCCCCCCGGUAUCAACCGGCCAGGACCCCCCGGGCUCCAACAUGCACCGGGCUCACAGCUGGGAAGGGCCCGGGGGGAGCUCCGCUCACUGCAGCCGCCUCCUCCGCCGGGUCACCUCGCCCGACUUCUGCCAGGGACUGCCCGGGGGUAUCCUGCCCAACUACCCCGGGGACCGGCUCCGGAGGGAGAGGAGGGACAGCAACUGCAGCCGGAGCCAACUCAUCCUGCCCGGCAGCAGCCAGCCACUAGCCCUGUGACUGGAGGGAGCCACCGGCCAGCAGCUGGACACAGGGGGCAUCACCUGAGACACAGGGCAGGAGCCACUCCCAGGCAAUCCUUAAUCUGAUGGACUAAACCUUCUACCCAUGGGGUAUGGCACUGCCAGGCAAUCCUUAAUCUGAUGGACUAAACCUUCUACCCAUGGGGUAUGGCACUGCCAGGCAAUCCUGAAUCUGAUGGACUAAACCUUCUACCCAUGGGGUAUGGCACUGCCUGGCAAUCCUUAAUCUGAUGGACUAAACCUUCUACCCAUGGGGUAUGGCACUGCCAGGCAAUCCUGAAUCUGAUGGACUAUACCUUCUACCCAUGGGAUAUGGCACUGACAGGCAAUCCUUAAUCUGAUGGACUAUACCUUCUACCCAUGGGAUAUGGCACUGCCAGGCAAUCCUUAAUCUGAUGGACUAAACCUUCUACCCAUGGGGUAUGGCACUGCCAGGCAAUCCUGAAUCUAAUG